GCUCUUCUUAGCUCCGCUCCUCCGGGUGUCCGCCAGUCGCGCUUUCCCGCUCUCGCCGCAGGCUGCCUUGUUACCGCCGCCUCCGCCGCCCAGCGCCGCUUACAACCCCGCGCCUGGCCAUGCCUAACAUCGUGCUCUUCAGCGGCAGCUCGCACCAGGACCUGUCCCAGCGCGUGGCCGACCGGCUGGGCCUGGAGCUGGGCAAGGUGGUCACCAAGAAGUUCAGCAACCAGGAGACCAGUGUCGAGAUUGGCGAAAGUGUGAGAGGGGAAGAUGUGUACAUCAUCCAGAGUGGCUGCGGAGAAAUCAACGACAACCUGAUGGAACUCCUCAUCAUGAUCAAUGCCUGCAAGAUCGCAUCGUCCUCCAGGGUGACCGCCGUGAUCCCGUGCUUCCCCUACGCCCGCCAAGACAAAAAGGACAAGAGUCGUGCUCCAAUUUCGGCGAAACUCGUGGCCAACAUGCUCUCAGUCGCUGGGGCAGAUCACAUCAUCACCAUGGACCUGCAUGCCUCUCAGAUCCAGGGGUUCUUUGAUAUCCCUGUGGAUAACUUGUAUGCAGAGCCCGCGGUCCUUCAGUGGAUUCGGGAGAAUAUUGCCGAAUGGAAAAACUGCAUCAUUGUUUCACCUGAUGCCGGAGGCGCCAAAAGGGUCACGUCAAUUGCAGACCGGUUGAAUGUGGAAUUUGCCUUGAUUCACAAGGAGAGGAAGAAGGCGAAUGAAGUGGACCGGAUGGUUCUGGUGGGCGACGUGAAGGACCGCGUGGCCAUCCUCGUGGAUGACAUGGCCGACACGUGUGGCACCAUCUGCCAUGCUGCGGACAAGCUACUCUCGGCCGGAGCCACCAAAGUUUAUGCUAUCCUUACCCAUGGGAUCUUCUCUGGGCCAGCUAUUUCCAGAAUAAAUAAUGCCUCCUUUGAGGCUGUUGUUGUGACCAACACUAUUCCCCAAGAGGACAAAAUGAAACACUGCUCCAAGAUUCAGGUGAUUGACAUUUCAAUGAUCUUGGCCGAGGCGAUUCGAAGGACCCACAACGGUGAAUCUGUGUCUUACCUGUUCAGCCACGUCCCACUGUAAAUCCAGGAUGUGAGGUGUGGAAGCAAGCCUGCUCUGGCUUCUGACUUGCGUGCAUUUGUCUGGGUUUUUAGCUUUAGGACUGAGCAGUUAGAUUAAUGCAAAAGCAUCAGAUCUUUGUAUACUCCAAGGUCCACAGUUUCCCCCACUUAAAUAUCUCGACCAUUAAUUUUCAGUUUGGUGGGGAGUGCAGUGGCUAUUUGAUCUUUAAGUGAACCAUCUUAAAUGAGAAAUGUUUUGUUAUCUUGAUUUGUUCUGAUAGGUGACCUUUUUUUCCUCUGUGAGUACUUUGAGGCCACAACUUUCAAGUUUUUAAUUCCAUUGUGGAAGUUCAUAGUUUAUGUAUUUCAACGUUAGCAAAGGUCACUUCAGAGUAAAGCCUCUGUGUAAAUAUACAAUGAUAAUGCCUAUGGACAUUAGGGUGAAACCCUGUAGAGAAUUAGCCUUUUAAUUCUGAGUGAAUCUUAGAGAAUUUAUAAUACCUUGAAUUUUGAAUAUUUGUUUUAGUAAUCAGGUUUCCAAUAAACCAUUUGGGUUAUUAUGCUUAAUUUGGACCAAAUUUUACGUAGCUGAAGGUGGCCACUGACAUGUUUAUUUCUGGUAAACAUUAGACAUAUCAGAGGCAGUGUAGUUCAGGAUUUUUUUAUUGCCACUUCUAAAAAACAUAACUGUCACUUAUCUGAAAUACCUUGUUCUUAAGUUCCAAAAUUAUGUUCAGCAAUAGAUGUGAUUGAGAAACUGUUUUGAGAUAGUCUCCAAUUUCACUGUCACAUUCAUGCUCUGUGCAUCCCAGAUGCACCAUGUCCUGCCAUCUUGUUUUUUAACAUCCUGUUUUUAGCUCUAGCUCUUACUUUGCCUUUUUUUCCCCGAGAGUUUCAUACUGUGGAUUUCCACCACACAAAGACUACUUUCCUAAGUCCCCUCACAUUUACUAGUCCAAUCGCUGUUUUGCUUUUGACGUGAUAAAAAGGUGAAUUUUU